ACUGCAACAGCUGCCCCAACCACAACCACAGAGGUCUCAAGCACGACAACAGAGGUCCCAACCACUACAACAGGGGGCCCAACCACAACAACAGAGGCCUUAACCACUACAGCAGAGGCCCUGACCACAACAACUGAUUCCCCAACCGCAACAACAGCUGCCCCAACAACAACAACUGAGGCCCUAACCACAACAACUGAAGCCCCAACUACAACAACUGCGGUCCCAACCACAAAAACUGUCGAACAAACAGCAACAAUGGUCACAACCACAACAGAAGCCCCAACCACAAUAACUGCACCCCAAACCACGACAACAGAGUCUCCAACCACUACAACAGCUGCCCCAACCACAACAACUGAGGCCUUAACCACAACAACUGAAGCCCUAACCACAACAGCUGCAGCCCUAACUACUACAACUAUCGAACAAACAGCAGCAACAGUCACAACCACAACAGAAGCCCCAACCACAACAACAGAGACCCAAACCACAGCCACAGAGUCCCCAACCACAAUAACUGAGACCCAAACCACAGCCACAGAGUCACCAACCACAACAACAGAGGCCUUAACCACUACAACAGAGACAGCAACAACUUCAACUGUGUCUCCAACCACUAAAACAACUGCCCCAACCACAACAACAGAGGCUCCAACCACAACAACUGAGACCAAAACCACAACCACAGAGUCCCCAACCACAAAAACAGAGGCCUUGACCACUUUAACAGAGGCAGCAACAACUACAACUGAGUCUCCAACCACUACAACAGAAGCUGCAACCAUGACAACAGAAGCCACAACAACAUUAGGACAUAGCAGCAGAAUUGGAUGGCUCAGAGCAGGAAACAGCUCCACCUCCAUGCCCCAACUACAGGUUGUGAAAGGGAAGCGGAGCUGGCAAGCGACGUGGCAGGAGGUGAAGAGUCAGGCAUCAGAGAGAAACCACCCAGCCUUAUCCCCAAAGGCUCGGAUGGCGAUGGGGCCUGUUAGUGAAGCUGAGGCUGCAGUGGUGGUGAGCAUCCCUUUCCCCAGCCAGUACCUCCCAGGGCAAGACCCAGGGCAAGACCGUGGUUCACAUUCAGGAGCAAACCACGGCUUCCACCUCGCCAGUUCCUGCAGGUAUGCUUGUACAACUUCCUGCCACCCACACCGGUUUGAGUAA